AUGUCUCCUGCUCGAGUCGGCGAAGCUCCGCAGAAAGACAAUGACUUUCAGACAGUGACUUCCGCACUGGAUGCGUUGUUGGUGACUGUCCACCAGCUGAGCUUGAGAGAGCAAGAGCUCCAACGCAGAGUCAAGCUUGCUCACGACGAGUAUAAAAAACUAGCCGAUCGAGUGGAAGGAGGACUCACCAAUGUAGAACAAAGUGUAUUGGAACAGAUUCGUCCGGACGACUCUCAACCUCUACCGAAACUAGACCCAUCGCUAAAACCCUUAGACGUCGUUGAUAACCUCCAAGAACACGGACAUAUCCAGCGUCAGUUACUUGAUGUCGUAGUAGCGGGUAUCAUUUCCUCGCGCACGUUUGAAGGCGACGUUCGUACCGAUGACAAUGCGAGUUUCGAGGUCACGUCGAAUAAUCCCUGUGUAGUGGCCGCCAAAGCGCGACGUCUGUCUCUGUAUGAACGCGACUUUACAACCUCUAAUGGCGUAAAGGGCGGUCUUCGUUGUCCUUACGCAAAGCCUACUCCUGCGACUGCGAAUGGGCAUGCGAAUGGCACGACCUCCACUCCUAUCACCAACCUAGAUGGACAGAGCAGUAACACUAAAUGCGCUUUUGAUCCCAUCAAAGCGGAUCUGGCUGCGCCGCAAGACCGUGUCUCUAGCGCAGGCGCCUCUGUGAGAUCGUCAGCGGCUCGCUGUCCAAUUCGAUACAUGGAUGACCAUUCACCCGAAGAACUAGCGAAGUACUUCGAAGCACACAAGCAUGAAAUCCCUAGAAGUCAUGCCAUUUGUGUAUCCCGGUUUCAGAGAAGUUCAGCGACCAUACGUCAGAUUGAUGCCAAGUAUGGCAGUCUAGUGAAUAUGAUACAAGGUCUUAGUGCGAGACAUAAACCACUUCUACCUGAGUCAGGGCAGAAUGGCACCUCGGCUGAACGGGUUGAGAAAUGGGCAGAAGACGUCAGUUCCAAAUCACCACAUCUGGCAACAUUGAGCACAGUGGAAGAGGAUCAGGCGCCUGAAGCGGAAGUAGAGGAGGAGGAUAGAAUGGGUCACUUUGAGCGUCCAUUGCGUGAAGUUAGGGUUGGCGAGUCCCCGAGUCGUCCCUGGGGUAUUCCUGUUCCAAUCUUGAACCAUAAUCAGCCUCCAUUGGGCAGUGCUAUCAACAGUCCUGCCGCUCUUAUUCAUGCUCCGGAAUUGAAGACACCGAAGCGCAUGACGGACAUUGAUAUACCGUCUCCUGCAGUGCAUCGUCAGGAAAUUCCUUCACCCACACCGGUCCGGCUAAAAGGAAAAUGUCCUUUUGAUCAUACAGCUUUUAUGAAGCAGCCUGAGGCUUCUGCUGAUGCUACAUUGGUAAAGGAGACGGGAUCUCCUGGAUACCUUCAACAUGUCGAGGACAAUGUUGAUGCAAGAGCCCAGGAGGACAAGAUUGAUAACGACUACGCCGAACCAAAGGCGCAACCAGCAGCACCUUCACCUGCUCCUGCGCCAUCGUCAAACAACAUACCACAAAUGAUAUUCAAUGGCCCUGUCUUUUUCGGGUUCUCAGCAGAAGAAACAGCGGCAUUCAUGCAACAAUUCAGUUUACCGGGAGCGAAUUGA